AUGGCCGCUAGCAAUGCUUUCGAGACUUACUCCAGGGGCGAAUUCGAAACCUGCAGACAGUAUUUGGAGCAGAUCCAGCAGAAUCUGACGACGGCGGCAGAUGUGAAGGUGACGCACAACAUCCUCAUUAACGACUACUUCAAAGCCGGCUGCGCAGAUCCCCGCAAUCUUCUCACUCUUCUGACCCAGGCAUACGAAAGGGCAAGGGGAAAGGAGAAGAUUGACAAGGGCGAGCGGAAGAAAGAGGAGGAGGAGGAUGGCAUCCGUGAAGAUGAUGCCCUCUACGUGCUCCGGUACAACCAAGCGCUGUUGUGUGUUCAGCUGCGACACUAUGGGCAGGCACGACAGAUUCUGGAGGAACUCUUCAAGAAAAUCGAGCUCAUCGAUGAUUUUCUAGCCAUUAAGAUCUGUUUCCUCCUGCUCGAAGUGGUUCUGUUGCAGAAGGAGCCGGAUCAAGCCCUUCAGAUCUUAAACUUCCUGGAGCAGCCAAACGCUUUCCAGAGUCUUCUGAAGCCGGAGCGCAAGCCUCUUGAAGCUCCUCGUUCUAUCGAAGAUGAGGAGGAGGUCGAGGGCGAACACAUCAGGGAAGAGGAUGAGGAGCCUGCUGAGGCUGUGGCUGCAGCCGCAGAUAUCCAGCAGCCAGAGAAGCCGGAAGGACCUUUGCCGAGCCUGGUCUUUGGCGCUUGUCUUCAACGGCAUGGGCGUGCACCAGAUGCGAUCUCCCCCAUUGAAUUCAGAUUCACCUGCCUGACCUACAAGAUCCGUAUUCACAUCUUGUGCAGAAGCCUGAAGUCAGCCACGAAGGAAUGCAAAAAUGCGGAAAUUCUGGAGCACGAGCUUCAACAUGCACCGCUUUGUUGGAAGGAAUCGCAGAGCCAUGAAGCGAGAGGUCUUCUGCACGACCACGACCAGGCAAAGGUGACCUGCCUAAAGGCAUACCUCGCGUAUGCCAAGCAGAACCACGCAAAGGCAUUUCGCCUCCUCAUGCGCUGCAGCUUCAACUUCGCACCUGGUAAACCCGGAGACAAGUCUGGAGUGAACAAGCCAGGAGACGAGGUGGAGGACCACAUUCCCACCGAUUUCCAUCUUGCUCAAGAUGAUGCUUGCUCUCCGCUGUUCUACAACAACAUCGGCUGUAUGCACUUCAUGAUGCACAAGCCCAACUUGGCGAUCUACUACUUCAACAAGGCGCUGUCGGCCAGCGGACCUACAGAAAAGGAGAGCAUGCUGCUGUCGGCUAAAGUUGGACUUACACAGCCCGGCAUGGCGGCCUCCAGGCACUGGCUGGACCGACGGGCGGAAAUCACCUUCAACGCCGGGCUGCAGUUCCUGAUGACCGGCCGACCAGCGCAAGCCUACAAGUCCUUCAUCCAGUGCACUUUCGUCUUCCGGUACUGGCCGCGACUGUGGAUGCGCCUCGCGGAGUGUUGCAUCGAGCUCUACAGGCAGUCCCAGAAGGCUGAGCCAGAAGGCGGAUCGAAACCUGGCGGAAUGCAAUCCUGGAACCGGGCAUAG